AUGUUGAGCUCUAGCUACUUUCUGUGGGAUACUGAAUACUCCUUAUAUGCCUAUUUCUACAUUUUCAUCAUUAUCCUAAUUAUCUGGCAAGUGCAACAGAAUUACCACAGAUUGAAGUGCGAACAUACAAGGAGCUGUUGUCGGCGUCACCGAAAAGUCAGGCAGAGAGCUAGAGAUGCGGCAUCAAGAGCCAGGAGACUUUCCCGGGAAGAAGCUGAGAAGCCCUGGGAGCUGCUGACUAUCAUGAAAAGCCAAAGCUGGCUCCCCAAGGAGGAGCAUGUGCGGCAGCUCCUGUGUGUUGAUCCCUGCUGCCACAUCUGUGAUGCUGCAUCUCUAGAGAUCCAGCAGCUGCUGCAGAGUGAGAGAACCCAGACCUCCCCUGCUUUGUCGGGACUGCCCCCGGGCUCUUCUUGCCUGGAGAUGUUGCCCAUAUCCAGAGUAUCUUUUGAGCAGAACAUGGAGCUUCAUCCCAGGCACUCCAGACGUCUUCCACUAGCUUCUGGGACUCCAAUACUAGCACACCUGACAGAACACUUAACACAGUCGACCAGUGCAGUUGGUUUUCGACAAUGCUAUGCUGAUCUCCUUCAAGUAGGAGAGGAAUUUCAUCGGACAGACAUGCCCAUGGUCUCUGAGACGGUGGCUUCUUCAGGGCUUAGGGAGCCUGUGGUUUUAAUGACCGCAGGGGGGACAAUGCACAACAAUUUAAACUACAUCCAGCAGAACCAAGACCACCAGUCUUUCAACUCACAGAUCUCUUUUCAAACCCUGAACCCAGAGAGUACUCGCGCCAUGCAUCCUAUGACCCUGUCUCUUGUUACCACGGUCUCCCAGCCGUUCCUCAGUCCUGAUGUGCUAAGGCUUCUUGAGCUACAUGUGAAAAAGUUGGUGCAUUUCCAAAGAUGGGGACUCCCCAGACGUGUAGAGGAGUCCCUAAGGCAACUUAUACCAAACCCACCAAUGUAUUUCCAGCCUGAAAAUAACCAGCCAGUUUCUUUUAUCCUGAAUACUACUUCUCGAAACUAUGUUGACAGGUUUGGGAAUAUUUCCCACCAGACCUGGUGCUCAUGUACAGACAGCCAACCUACCCAGACCUUUUGGGUUUCUGAGUGGUCUAAUGUGGACCUGGAACAAAAAACACACUGUGAAGAAAUCCCAAGCCCUGUGGGAAAGCCCUUAUUCACUCCUGACCACAGUGUUCUACGUGGCAUCUGUCUACUGCCUGAGGGACAAGCUAAGGACUCCAGGAACAAUCUUCAGAAGAAAUGCACUCAGUUAUUCUGCGGCCUCCCUUCUAUGCACAGUGAGUCCUUGGUUACUUCCUUCUUAGGCACUCAAGAUCUCUCCAAGGACACACCCCAAUCCUCCUACAAAGAUCCAGAUCUCUUGAAGGAGUCCCCACCCUUCCCCUUGCUGCCCCACACUCUACCGAAGGUAGCCCCUCCCUCUUCCUCAACUUCAAACGAGCCUUUGUAUGAACAUCAAGACGCUCAGCUCAGUGUGCCUUUUCUGACUCUGGCUGAGUGUAAAACCUUGGAAUGGCACCUUCUACAAAGACAGCUUCAGAUUCGGUGGGGUCUGCCAGGUGUCACCCCCAGAUCUCCCUAUGUGCAAAGCCACAUACAAUAUAAGCCAUGCAAUAAAACAAAGCCACACGAGACUUUAAAAGCCUCCUGUCCAGGGAAGUCCUUCUCAGUCCUCACCAGAGACCUUUUCUUCAUCCCAGAUCAUACACGCAGGCUGCUGGAAUUCCACCUCCAGAAGCACCUGAUUCACCUUCGCUGGGGCCUGCCCCAGAGGAUCCAGCGCUCCAUUCACUCGCUGCUCUCCUCUACCGACCAACAGUCCCGGUCCCGCAGCAGCAGGGCGCUACCCAAUGUGAGCAUCCCACCGCCAGGCCACCCAGAGGCUGAUGGGUCUGGUGACAUGUUUGCACUUGCAAUGGACAGAUUGUCAGUCCCCAUGCCUCACUUCUUUGUCCAGGCAAAGGCAAUGUUGAAGAGCCAUGUUGAUUCCAAAUGUGAUCAGAUCCACCAGGGCAAGGUCCCUGCUUGUGUCCAAAGUUCCUGGGAAUGCAGAACUCCCAGGAUCUUAGCAGUAGGGACUCCCUUCUCCAAAAUUUCACCAGGUCAGCCCCUGGAGCUACAGGCAGAAAAUGACUCUGACUUACAUCACAAAGUUGUUCCUCUGGAACCAGGGACCUUCGACCAGGAGAAGCAGGCUUCAUCAGGUACUCUCAUUGAACACUGUAGGCGGCCCCAAGCCCUGCCUGAGGAAACCAUUAAGAAACUGGAGACAACUUUACGACAUAAGUAUCUGGCCUUCCUGUCAGGCCUGCCUGCCCUUUACUGUGUGACCCCCUCUAGAGCAGCAUCCCCAGCGAUUGUUAGCCACUCUGCGACCACAGAGAUGCCGCCUGGACCUGUCAAAAUCCCGCAGGAACAACCCCUAACUCAGAUGAUCCCACUUGAAGACCUAUGUCGGAGCGGGCUUGAACCUUGUACUCGGGAUGACAAAGCAGCUUCUGUGAACACUACAGGAAAGGUCCAGCCUGAAGGACAGGUGAAAAGAAGGACAGAGAAAGUGUCUCUAGACAGCCAGAGAGAGAUCUUGGGGAAACUGAAUUUCCACCUGAAAAAAAAGGUCCUAGAGAUAAAGUUGGGAAUUCCUGUAACAGCUGAUGACCUCAAAGAGUUAAAUGCAGCAGGCCCAGAGAGUAAAUCCAUGCAGGAGCCUGUCAGGAGUCUAGGUAUCCCAGAAGGCACCGAGCUCCAGAAACUGCCCGGCUCAGGUGACUCUCCUCCAGCCCCAGAUACAAACAAGGUCCACCUUAAAAAACAGCCAGCCACUGCAGGGCAGCCUGUGUGCCACAAGCCAAGCCAACCUAGUUCCAGAACAGUGCCCCAUGGUUCUGCCCAGUGGGGCUCCAAGGCCUCAAAACUCAGGAAUAAGAUGGAGUCCCAAGUGUACUGUAUUCAGAUGGAGACCAGUGGGGACGAGCCCAGCCUAGAGAAACCCUUUAGCACUGAGCCUCAAGGCAAGAGCAAGUCCUCAGCCCACGUCACCACGCUGACAGAAAAGAGUGAAGAGCCAGGGAAACCCAAGGCAGUGGGGGACCUUGGAGAGAGGGAUGCAGAUCUUGGGCUUUCCCCGACCAGGGAAAAAACACACCAUGAUGGAGAUCAGGAGCCAGAAAAAGGGCCUCUGCACAGGACACCCCAAGGCUCCUCACAGCAGAGGCAGAGUUUUCAUCUUGAGGAUCCCUGUCUGCCCAGCCCCCAGGAGGCCCCUGACCUUGAGUUCCCAGAGCCACCUCCAAAAGUCUUCGUGGAGAGAGAGCCUGAACAUGAUAUGCAAGACAGUCAAGCCAAGGUAAAUGUCAGCCCAAAGCCUGCAAAGGUUGCUAAAGUCCCCCAGCCUGUGGCCUCCCAGGCUUCCCGGGGCCUUCCUUUCCCUCACCCACCAACUCAGGGAAAGCCUUUUGGGGGCCAAACUUGGCAAGACCACAUUUCACGGGGGCAGGUGAUACCAACUUCUCCUCAUGCUAGCCCCAGCCUUCCAGAGGCUGGCUUGAAAACUAAGAUGAAAUCCUUUUUUCACGCUAUUAACCCCAAGAUAAAAGGCAAAACACAUGUGGAACCCAUAGUCUCAACACCUGGAAAAGCGGCCAAAACCAGUAAAGAAAAUGUUGACAAGGGUCUGCCUCAAGCCAAAAGCCCCACCAAGAAAAUUAAGACGGAGAAUGUCAGAGGGCCCAAGGCCCAGUCUGUGUCCUCUGAGAAGUCAGUGAUCACAUGCUUCUUAACUGCUCCCCACAUUUCAGACAGUAAGCUCCGGCCAGGCCUGCGACAGCUCCGCUCUGUCUCAGCACCAGGCCGGCCCCGACAUUGUCCUCGGCACUGUCCUCUACUGGCUUAUGCCAUUCAAUACAGAAACCCACCCUAG